AUGAUGCUUAUCGGAAUCAAGCCCAAAAGGUACACCAUCGAGUGGAUAGAGGCGCAGAAGGAGAGGGAAUUGGCCGAAAACACCAACCCAAUUUCUAGAUACCUGGAUCGCCGACGCAGUGAACGCGGGCCUAACUGGAUGCUGCAGAACUACGUGCCUAGUCACCCAUACUUCCUAUUUCUAGGCGAUUACUACAAGGACCCUGACGCAGAAGAGUCCGAAGAGGGUGCCACAUCGUAA